UGGAACACCGAGUCAACACUGAUUUUCGAGGUCCACCUUCCCAUCAUGUUGGCUUGAUCCUUUGGUUCCCCUUUUCAACUCUAGUUUUUGCUCACAGAGAGAAACUAGUAAGCAACUUGGCUAGAUUGGUGAUGACAAUAUGGUUGUUUGUGGUGCUGAUAUUGACCUCAAGCUACACUGCAAGUUUGUCAGCAAGAUUAACGGUGCAGAAGCUUCGACCCACUGUGACUGACGUGAAUGAACUCAUCAAAAUGGGGACUACGUUGGGUACAGAUCUGGAUCGUUCAUUGCUGAUAUCUUGAAGGACAUGGGGUUUGAUAAAUCAAAGAUCACACCUUGCAAAUCUCGUGAUGAAUGUAAUGAAGCUCUAUCCAAAGGUAGUAAUAAUGGAGGCAUAUCGGCCUUGUUUGGUGUGGCUUCUUACAAUAAACUUUUUGUAUCAAGAUACUGCGGUAAAUACACCACAAUUGGACCCAUCUAUCAAACUGAUGGAUUCGGCUUUGUUUUCCCCAAAGAGUCUCCAUUAGUAGCUGAUGUCUCUAGAGCAGUAAUCUCCAAAACAGAAGGUCUCAAGAUUUUGGAAUUUGAGAGACAGUUAUUGGGAAAUCCCGCCACAUGUAUAGUUCCAGAAAUCAAUACCAGCACCUCAAACAGCCUAACCCUCCAAAGUUUUGGAGGCCUCUUUGCUAUUACUGGCUUUGUCACUGUUUUAUGCCUUGUUGCAUACAUAUCCAAGUACAUUUUUCAAAACAAAGAUCUUUUCAAAACAGUAUCAGAUUCAUGCCCACCAACUCCUUGGUCAAGAUUUUGUGCACUUUGUAGACAAUUUGAUCAAAGAGACCUCACAUCUUAUCCCUUUAGCAAGAAGAGAGAUAACCCAGGUCAUGAUUUGGAAUUGAAUCAUGUUGGUGAUUCAUCAAGUUGUAGUGAUAUGCCAAGCUUAUCGAGAAAUUGUAACUCCAAUGGAAUGGUUAUUCCAUUAGAAGUGGAGACGGAAAGUGCUAGUGAGGUUGUCGAUUCGAACGUAGAAGAUGCAGUUGUGGUGCAUUUGCCAGAAUAGCUAUAUUUCACACCAAGAUGUACUUUUAGACUGUAUUUAAAUCUUGAAUUUAAUGUGAGAUUUUAAGGAAAAGGUAAUGGAAA